AUGGCUGCAUUUGUUCUGGCUGUCAUUGUGGAUGGUCAUAGACGUGGCCAGGAAGCUUGUAUUGAAGUAGGGUUAAUCCAGGUGUGCUUGAAGCAUCUUCAUGCUUUCACGCUAAAUGAGGCACAAACUGAACCCUUAUUGCUUCAAUGGCUUUGCCUUUGUCUUGGAAAGCUGUGGGAGGACUUUGCUGAGGCUCAGGUGAUAGGUCCUUUAACUGCCAUUGUCCGGGACGGAAGGGUAUCCACCAGCAGUCCUCUUACUACUGCUGGAAUCAUGCAUGGGUCUCCAUUGUCUGAUGAUUCAUCUCAUCAUUCUGAUUCUGGAAUAUUGAAUGAUUGUGUUAGUAAUGGGGAAGUUCAUACUUUAAGGCCAAAAUCUUUGGACAAUGCAAUGUAUUCACAGUGUGUACUGGCUAUAUGUUCUUUAGCUAAGGACCCAUCUCCACGUGUAGCAAGUCUAGGGCGGCGGGUACUUUCCAUUAUUGGAAUUGAACAAGUAACAAAAUCUAUGAAGCCUGCUGGUAACAGUGCCUGCCCUGGUGAUUACACCACUUCCUCAUCAACUCCUAGUGCUUCUGGAUUGGCUCGUUCUUCUUCAUGGUUGGACAUCAGUGGAGGUCAUCUACCUUUAACAUUUAGAACACCUCCUGUUAGCCCUACUACCUGGCAGGAAUUCGUAGAGUUUGCUCUUUAGGCUUCAGGCCUCACC